GACCGCGUUCCCGACCGGACUCAUUUCAGGGUUACAACAGAUUCAGAAUUUCUGCGACGGUGUAGACAUUUCAUCUCCAGAUCAAACUAAGAUAAUGGCGAAUAACGAAAGUGAAUUAAAAGAAAUUAUCAGAAAAGGGCGCGCUGUUGCUGCAACCCUUGGAAAGAUAUGCGACCGCACACAGUUGGGUGCCGUCGUUAAAAAAGGCCAAACUUCAAAACUGGACAUGGACCUGGAUCACAAUGUCAAACAAGGGCAAACUAUAAUUCAGAACCGUAACAGUGAAAGUUCUGUAAAUGAUCUGAAUCGUGCUCUAACUGAAUCCGUAGAACUGUUUGGACGGCCAAACCAAAAUGGUCCAAAGGCAAAGAAAAAAAGGAUCCAGUCCAGCUUCAAAGUCAAAUGUCCACAAAAAGCAAAGCCUUCUACUACACAUGGAGUCAAAUCAAGGCCAUGUCCAAGGCCAUGUCCAAAGCCAUGUCCAAAGCCAGCAGAAUGUUAUCUAGACCAGGCUCCAGCCCAGGCUCCAGAUCAUGGUUCUCUUGUAGAUGAGUUGCAAGAGCUUCUGUCAGCUGCUAGUUCUAACCUCCACUUUGAGGGAACCCCACAUUCAACAUCACUGCAUUGGGGCGCAAGGACAGCAGCUUCUUCUGAGAGAUGGAGGGAGGCUAGACCAUCUUUAAUCAGCAACAGGCUUGCAACAGAGCAUAUUAAGGAACAGCUGUGUUUGGAGUGCAAGAAGAAUGUGGCAGUUGUCAAGUGCAAAGACUGUUUGCCUAAGCAGUAUACCUGCAUUGACUGUGACACUGCAAUACAUCGUACACAAGUGUUCCACAACAGAACCACCAUGAUUUUCGGGUUCCACAAGGCUGUACCUCCCACCACAGUGGUGAAGCAGGACUCUGAUGGGCAAUACUUUCACCAUCAUGAAGAUCGCCUAUUACCAAUGGCACUACCUAAUUCCAUAUGCAGUUGUGGAGAAGAAAAGUACAGCGUUGGAAUAGGGAGGUCUAUUACUGUAAUCAACAUGAAGGGACAGUUGUAG